UGGAGAUGGCUCAGUCAGUAAAGUGCUUCCCACACAAGUAUGAGGACUGGAGUUCAAUCUCUAGCACUCGUGUAAAAAGUUGGGUUGUCGUGGUGCUUGCCUGUAACCCCAGCACUGGGGAGGUGGAGACAGGAGGAUCCCUGAGACUUGCUAGCCAGUCAGUGUAGCCAAAUCAGUACGUUCCAGGUUUAGUGAGGGCCCCGUCUCAAAAAUAAUAAGAUGGAGAAGACAGAAGAAGACACCCAGAAUCUACCUUUGGCCUCCAUUUGCACAUACACACACAGGCAUGUAUACCCAUAGACAUGUAUAUAGACAAAUAAGUGCACACAUACACACAGUGAUACGAAUGCAGAAGAGGAAGAUUAUGCACAGCUUCAAGGUUGUUAAACAUCUUCUGGUUUAAUUCUUUGGGGAAAUGAGAGAAGUUAGGACGGAGGCAGCUCUGCAGUCUGCUGCGAUGGCAUCUGACUUUCUGGACCCUCCCAGCAGCUUUGGAGCAUACACGCUAUUGCCACCUACAUUGUCCACACAGGAAAGUGGAAAUGCAAAGCGGCUCCAAAGUGGCUCCUUGACCACGUGGUGGUGAAGCUCUAAUUCAGACCACGCAUUGUGAAGGUAUGAUAUGAAGGGAUGACACUAGAAUGGCUUUCCCACAAUUCUGUUGGAGGAGGUGUGUUUUUUUUGUUUUGUUUUGUUUUCCAGUUGUAUUUGUUUCUUGUGUGUAGCUGUGACCAAAUGGCUGACAGAAACAACGUAGGGGAGGAAGGAUUUAUUUUGGCUCAGGGUUUCAAAGGGUGCAGUUCACAGCCACUUGAGCCCAAGUGCCUGAGUGGAAGAGCAUGGUGGUGAGAGUGAGUAGCAGAUGAUAUUUUCUCACUGUUGACGAGAGAGAGAGAGAGAGAGAGAGAGAGAGAGAGAGAGAGAGAGAGAGUAUGAAUCCUACCCCAAGGGUUUGCCCCUAGUUAAGUUUCCAGAACCUUACAAAAUAUCAUUGGGGAUCAAACAUUCAAAACAAGAGCCUGUGGAGGCAUUUCACAUUGAAAUCAUAAUACAUACCCAUUGGUUUCAUUCAGUUAUGCAUGUCUGACAUGCUGCUUAAUAACCGUGAACUUCCAGCAACUUACUGGAAUGUGAGAACUCCACAUUCAGCAAUUGAUCUUGGGCUCUAAGAAAAACAAAUGAAUUGUCAUGCCUGCUCCUCAAAUAUGCACAGACCCACCAGCCCAUCCAAGUUGCCGUCUCUUCUCUAUCCAUGCACAUCAUUGGGUGAAAAGGCAAUUCUUGUUUGUUAGCACAGAAAAGCUACAGUCUUCAUGGUAAUGUCCUUAAAGGGCAGAUCAUCAAAUCGACGUUGUGUCUCACUGUUUAUAUGGCCAGACUCCACCCUGGGGCUCCAGGUGCCCAGCUCAGCGGGCUUCCCAGCUUCUCGCUGGCAGGGUUAUGCUGGUUCACCCAUUCCUUUCUAGCUCUUGACGCUGGUCUUUCUAGUGCUGAAAGCAGGGAGCAUCCUGCAUCCCUUGACGGCUCCACCACUGGUGAGGAUGACUCGGGUCCUUUGGCACUGGUCAAAGGGUUGCCACCCAGCUUCGGCUGAGUGGACGUGGCGGCGCCGCUGGACAGCAGGGGGCGCUGGCGGGCGUGCUGGCCGGUCUUCCCGCGCCCGCGCUCAGUGCGCGCUCGCGCCCCGCCGCUCCUCCGCGCGGGUUGCUCUCCGGGUGCAGGGCGGAGAAGGCAUAAAGGACUCUGCGGUACCCGGCGGGCUGCUGCGCGCCUAGAAGCCGACGGCAGGCACCGGCACCCUCAAGCUUGCAUCCGGCGCAGCCAUCCGAGCCGCGCGCGCAGAGGCCGAGCGGGAGCCCGACCGCGCGGGACCAGACUGCUCUGCGAUGACCACAGCAAGGUACCGACCCACCUGGGACCUGGCCCUCGACCCACUGGUGUCUUGCAAGCUGUGCCUUGGGGAGUAUCCGGUGGAGCAGAUGACAACCAUCGCCCAGUGCCAGUGCAUCUUCUGUACCCUGUGCCUGAAACAGUAUGUUGAGCUCUUGAUCAAAGAAGGACUGGAAACUGCGAUUAGCUGCCCUGAUGCUGCCUGCCCUAAACAGGGCCACCUGCAAGAGAAUGAGAUCGAGUGCAUGGUUGCAGCUGAAAUUAUGCAAAGAUAUAAAAAGCUACAAUUUGAAAGAGAGGUGCUCUUUGACCCCUGCCGGACAUGGUGUCCAGCAUCCACCUGCCAAGCUGUGUGCCAACUCCAGGACAUAGGAUUACAGACCCCUCAGCUGGUACAGUGCAAAGCCUGCGACAUGGAAUUCUGCUCUGCAUGCAAAGCUCGCUGGCACCCCGGCCAAGGCUGUCCAGAGACCAUGCCCAUUACCUUCCUUCCUGGGGAGACAAGCUCUGCUUUCAAGAUGGAAGAGGACGACGCACCCAUCAAGCGCUGCCCCAAGUGCAAGGUGUACAUUGAGCGGGAUGAGGGCUGUGCACAGAUGAUGUGUAAGAACUGCAAGCAUGCCUUCUGCUGGUACUGCCUGGAGUCCCUGGAUGAUGACUUCCUCUUGAUACAUUACGAUAAGGGACCCUGCCGCAACAAGCUGGGCCACUCCCGGGCAUCUGUGAUCUGGCAUCGGACACAGGUCGUGGGCAUUUUUGCUGGAUUUGGGCUCCUGCUCUUGGUGGCCUCUCCUUUCCUGCUCCUGGCCACUCCCUUUGUACUUUGCUGCAAGUGUAAGUGCAGUAAAGGUGACGAUGACCCAUUGCCCACCUAGAGGACGGACAUGAUGCUGGAACAGACCCCUGCAUCGGGAAGUGUGGCUCCCCAGCCCCCUACAACCCCUCUCACUAAACAUGUUUCUUGCCUUAUGUGCCCCAUUGAGCUUCAGUAUUGGGCCUGAUGCAGGGAUUUCAGGGAUGACAUCAGCAAGUUGGCAGAGGCCCUAGGUGUGGUCACCUGGGUAAUGGGGAAGGCAAGGCAGAAGUGGGUGGGCACAUCCCAGAGUCCUGUGUCUACAGCCCCGGCCAGUGGUGGUAUAAGCUGCACACCAGGCAGUUUCCUCCCCAUGACCAUAAACUAGGAAUGUCCAGUGGGAGCUUAAGGGACCUGCUCAGACAAAGGGACUCAGUCCCCUCUUUGGCUUCAAGCUGGCGCCAUGUUGUCAAGAGAAGUCUUCAAGGAUUACGACUCUCUUUAGCCAGAACCUGAUUAUUCAACUUGAGAAAAGUGCUCUGUUUAUGACAACUGUUUUUAUUCCUAAAGGUAUUUAGUAAAAUCCUUUUUAGAAGGCUUUUUUUUUGUCAACUGAAUAGUGAAAAUCAACAAGGUGCGUAAAACCAUCCUAUGCCUUUUUUUGAAAUGUGCAUUUUAUGAAGUUAUGGUUAAAUGGCUUUUCCGGCUUGACCACUUUUCAGGAGAUACAGAAAGCCUUAUGCACACUUUUUGUUUUCCUUGGAACUUGCUGUAAUCACUUUUUGAAUGCUGUAAGCUGUGUACUGUUAUCUACAUGGGUCCUGUAUCAUUGCAUUUUUUUUUUUGACGAUAUUGACAUGUUUCAAGGAUCAUCUCUGGCUUUGCCUUCCUCCCUCCCUC